UCAGCACCAUCAGCAGCACCGGGAGCACCGGGAGCGGAGGCAGCGGAGGCAUCGCGGAGCCGCAGCCGCAUCAGGAGCUCUGCGCGGGCUGAAAAAGUUCAGGAGGAUCCGGUGUAAUACCGGAGCACCGGAGGUGUUAACCCGGGAUAAUCCACCUGGACACGGUUCAUUUCUACUUUGGACUCCAUGGAAACGGAUCCGGAUCGUGUGCGUAACGGAUCCCCCCCGGUGCUUUCCACCGAUCCCCGGUGUGUUUUAACGAACCUCUGAUGGUACAGAACCGGAUCCUCAGCUUCUGCUGUGUGACUCUGUUUGUGCUGUGAACGGACGGUUGUACCGGAUCGAUACCGGAUUCAUGUUUGUGUUUUAAACUGACAUAACGGAUUUUUCUACCGGAUCCCCGGACAGUCCCGGACCCCCUCCGUCGGUAAGGUGAUAAAGCAGGUGAGAUACAUAACGGUUCUUCUCGGAUCACCGGCCAACCGACCGACGGGAGAGUUGGAAACGAAGCCGCACUCAGCGCCUCCUCACCGGGCAGAGAGACGAGAAGUUCCCGGUGGACGUGGAUCAGCUGAUCGGACCGACUGACGGAUUUUAUUUCAGUCAUUUUUCAUCCAUCAGCUGUGAAGCUGAUCUCGUCUCUUUUAUUUGAAUCUUCAGUCCAAAAGUGAGAAGUAAUCAGAUUACUCUGGUACUCAGCCUCAUGUUCUCCUGUCAGGGGUUUCUUUAUUUUCUGCUUCACUGCAGAAGAAAUGAACUUUCCAACAAUCACCUGCUGCUUUGAAUCUGAAUCUGAAGAAGAAUCUGAUCUCACACAGCUGUGACGGUCUAUGGAUGGUACCUCACUGUACAGCCACAUCCUCAACAGUAAACCUCCUCCUCCUCCUCCUCCUCCUCCUCCUCCUCCUCAGCCUCCUCUAGAAUUUGAAAUCGAGCCAUGCAGCAUUGAUUUUUUUCUCCCUCCUCACCACAAAACCAAAACGCACACGACCAUCUCAUCCCUUCUGGUUUGUCAGUGUUGUUGCCUGAAAUGUAAGACAUGCCGCGGUGUUGAUUUCCCACCUCGAGUCAGAGCCUGAAGGACGUCCGGAUCGGUCCGGCGGUCGAGGUCAGAGGUCAGUUUGUUUCAGAGAACUGGAGUCUUUGCGACGAUCACAACACGAUCCGGGAUCUGACCAGAACAAAUGAAUGUUUCUCUGAACCAGAACCCAUUUCUUGAGGACGUUUCUUUGCCGUUUCACUGACACUUUCAGCUAAAUGGGACUAAACGACAGCAGCCCGGGGGCCAUGCGGAACGGCCGCGGCCUCUCGGACCAGUGGGCAGAGUCGGUGGUGGUUCGGCCUCGAACCACCGAGCGCCACAUCACGGUGCACAAACGGCUGGUGCUGGGCUUCGCCCUGUCCAUCCUCACCCUCAUCAUAGUCACGGCGGUGGCCGUGGUGCUCAGCGUUCGCUUCGAGGAGUGUGGCGGACGAGAUCGUGACGGAGCGACGGGGGAGUCGGGGACGCGAGGCAGUGGAGGGUCGGCAAAGUUGAAUGGCAGCAGAGGGGAGAGGACAGGGGACAGGGGGGACGAGGAGCUCCAACCGUGGAGGAGCUCACGGCUGCCGGGUUCGGUGAGGCCGCGGCACUACGACCUGCGGCUCGCCGUCUACAUGGACAACUUCACCUUCUCCGGAGAAGUCAGCAUCGAGCUGGAGUGCAUCAACGCCACCAGGUUCAUCGUGCUGCACACUGACCGGCUUGAGGUGGACCGGGUGUCCGUCACAGCGGAGGGCGGCGCCGGUGGCCGUCCCCCUAACAGGCCCGGGGGCGGAGCCAUGCGAAUCCACCGCCACUUCCCCUACCCGGCCAAUCAGAUGUACGUGGUGGUGCUGCACCGCGAGCUGAAGCCGAUGAGAGUUUACCGGCUGAACGUGAGCUACGACGCCGCCAUCGAGGACGAGCUGCUGGGAUUCUUCAGGAGCUCGUACACCCUGCAGAGAGAGAGACGCUACCUGGCGGUGACUCAGUUCAGUCCGAUCCACGCCCGGAAAGCCUUCCCCUGCUUCGACGAGCCCGUCUACAAGGCCACGUUCUCCCUCGCCCUCCGCCACGACCCGCAGUACACCUCGCUGUCCAACAUGCCCGUCGAGAGCAGCUCGCUGGCGGACGAGGACGGCUGGGUGACCAAUCGCUUCGCCCGGACGCCGCGCAUGUCCACGUACUACCUGGCCUGGGCCGUCUGUAACUUCACCUACAAAGAGACGCAGACCGACAGCGGCGUCACGAUCCGACUGUACGCACGGCCAGAUGCCAUUUCCAGCGGCGCCGGGGACUACGCUCUGCACAUCACCAAGAGGCUUCUGGGAUUUUACCAGGACUACUUUAAAGUUCAGUACUCACUGCCCAAGUUAGACUUGUUGGCGGUGCCCAAACAUCCCUACGCCGCCAUGGAGAACUGGGGGCUGAGUGUGUUCGUGGAGCAGAAGAUCCUGCUGGACGCCGAGGUGUCGUCCUCGUCCUAUCAGAUGGAGCUGACGAUGGUGGUCGUCCACGAGAUCUGCCACCAGUGGUUCGGUGACCUGGUGACUCCGGUCUGGUGGGAGGACGUCUGGCUGAAAGAAGGUUUCGCUCAUUACUUCGAGUACGUCGGCACCGACUUCCUCUUCCCAAAGUGGAACAUGGAGAAGCAACGCUUCCUGACUGACGUCCUCCACGAGGUGAUGCUGUUGGACGGGCUACGUUCCUCCCAUCCCAUCUCCCAGGAGGUGGAGCAGGCGACGGAUAUCAACCGAGUCUUCGACUGGAUCGCCUACAAAAAGGGGGCGGCGUUAAUCCGGAUGCUGGCCAACGUGAUGGGACAGCCGCUGUUCCAGAAAGGACUCAAUGAUUAUCUACUGAGUCACAUGUACAGCAACGCAGCCAGAGACGACCUGUGGAGCAAACUGUCUCAGGCCAUGCGUUCAGAGGGGCGGGACAUCGACAUCGGCGUGAUGAUGGACAGGUGGACUCUGCAAAUGGGCUACCCCGUCGUUACCAUCAGCAAGAACCAAUCAGAGCAGCUCCCCACGAGUUACAUCACCGUCAGCCAGGAGCACUUCCUGUACGGACAGGAAGUCAGGAACAACAACAGUUUACAGUGGCAGGUGCCGUUGACGGUCGCCGUGGGAAAUGCAUCCAGCGUUUGUUCACAGAGCCUCAUCUGGAUCAACAACAGGACAGAAACCCACAGGAUUGGUCACAUGGAUGAUAGGACCUGGUUGCUGGGCAACAUCAACCAGACAGGCUACUUCCGUGUGAACUACGACCUCCAGAACUGGAAACUGCUGAUCCAGCAGCUCCACACCAACCCUCAAAUCAUCUCCGUUGGAAACAGGGCAGGCCUUAUCGAUGAUGCCUUCAACCUGGCCAAGGCUGGGUACCUCCCACAGGGUAUUCCCUUGCAGCUGAUUGGCUAUCUGCCGGAGGAGACGUCCUUCCUGCCAUGGCACUCCGCCAGCCGAGCGCUCUACCAGCUGGACAAACUGUUGGACCGCACGGACGAGUACAGCCUGUUCAGUGACUAUGUGUUGAAGCAGGUUGCAUCACGAUACCAUCAGAUGGGCUGGCCGACAAACAGCCCAGGCAACGAGGGCAACGUCCUGCAGGCGUCCUACCAGACUGAGGAGUUACAGCGGGAGCUGAUCAUGUUGGCUUGUAGCUUCGGGAACAAACAGUGCCACCGUCAGGCCGUCGCCUACAUCUCCGACUGGAUCUCCAGCAACAAGAACAGGAUUCCUCCCAACAUCAGAGACAUAGUUUACUGCACCGGGGUCAGUCUGAUGGACGAGGACGUGUGGGAGUUCAUCUGGAUGAAGUUUCAUUCGUCCAGCGCCGUUUCAGAGAAGAAGAUCCUGCUCGAGGCUCUGACCUGCUCCGACAACAUCUUCCUCCUCCACAGGUUACUGAACCUGUCUCUGACCUCCGACCUGGUCCCAGAACAGGAUGUGAUCGACGUCAUCAUCCACGUGGGCCGAAACCCUCAGGGUCGAAACCUCGCCUGGAAGUAUUUCAGAGAAAAGUGGGACGUCCUGAACGCACGGUACGGCGAGGCGUUGUUUAUGAAUUCAAAGCUCAUCGGUGGAGUCACAGAGUUCCUGAACACCGACAAAGAGCUCAACGAGUUGAAGGAGUUCAUCCAGUCCAGCGGCGUGGGGGCGGUCCCUGCGUUGCCGCGGGCGCUGGAGAUCGUCGAGGGCAACGUGCGCUGGCACCGCCUCCACCGGCGGCAGUUCUACCAGUGGCUGAGCAAACCUCCGAGCGCCGCCCUCGGCUAACUGGCUAGCCAGAGCUAACGAAGCGACUGCAGACUGGCUGCUGAGCUAACGCUAAUACACUGCUGGCUUACAGAUGCAGUCGGAGAGCAUGAAAGACUGACUUGUUGACUGGUUAUUUGGCUGGUUUGCUUCUUUUUUUUUUUUUUUUUUGCUUUUUUAAAGACGUUUAUUUUCAAACUUUUUUAAUUUCAGAUGGAUUAUUCGUGUGGCUGAUGUGGUUAAACUGGAAAAGGUCAAAAUUUAAGUGACUGAAGCAGCUAGCCUUGAAAACAAUUAUGAUGAGAAAAUGUUUGAAACUGACAGAAUGAGGCGUCACAGCUGUAGAUAACCGGUCGGUGCGGUUGCUUAUUGAAUUAAAAACCAAAAAUAUGUUUUCAGGAAGCAACAAAAUAAGCAAUUUAAUAAUCUUUCAAUACGUAAACAAAGUCUCCUGUAACCUUCCUGACAAACUGAAAGUUAGAAGUACGAUACGUUCUGCUUCGUCUUUCGGUUUCUCGUGUCCGAGAACUUUCGAUCGUCUGAUUCGAACUUAAAGGUCCGGUGUGUGGGAUGUAGUGACACCUAGCAGUGAAGUUGCAGAUUGCAACCGAAUGAAUACUCUCCCAUGCCUCACCCUCUCCUUCCAAGCAUGUAGUAAAAACUCAAAAUGAGGCCAUUUAAAGGCAACAAAAACACGAUUCUUAUGUUCAGGUUAUUAUACACUGAUGAAAAUUAUUAUUAUGUUCAAUUUAUGCCAAUAGAUUCUUCUAAAUCUGACACACUGGACCUUUAAAUAUGACCUGAAAUCAGAUCCAGACUAAAAUGUAUCACUCGUAAAGGAUAUAAGCACGACGAUGACGUUCAUAUCUGUAAUUUUCUGCAUUUUGAUUGGCCGACUACAAACCAGAGACCCUGAACAGUUUAAAUCAGACCCUCGUGUGUUUGCUGCAUCAAACCGACUGACAGUAAAAGAUUUCCAGCAUUCAAUCAUCUCCAACGUGAGCUGUAAUUAACACUACAUGGACCGUGUUUCCUCUGAUCACAGCGCUCGGAGGACUCGUUCAAACUCAUUAACUCUCCUCAACAUUCACGCCGCUUUCAGCUUUAAUUUAAAAAGCAGCUUUUGUUUUCUUUGUUUCAGAUCAAAAACAGCAGUUUGGGAGAACAACAGCGGGCUUCAAUAGAGCCUCGCUUCGUAAUAACUUCAACAUGUUGCUCUGAACCACAGAGAACACCACACAGCGGUGUUGUGUCUGUUUUUGUGUUUGAACCAGCAGAGCUGGAAAAUAUUUCAGACAGCCUGAAAGUGAAAAAAACAAAUGAAGCGUUGGGACGCAGCCGAGGUGUGACGGAAACUCAGUCUGACGUUAUUAUUGUCUGAGUUUGAUCGAGAAACGUCUGACCGAUAACAUUCGAGAAGCACAUAACUCAUCUGUCAAUUAAUGUUUUCACCUGACGUGAACUGGGAAAAUCAAACGAUUGGAAAUAAUAAUCGAGAGAAAAUGUACAAAAUGUGUCUCAGUCAGAAGAAGACCAGAACUAGAAACAUUUCUAAAGAAAUUCUGAGUGUGCCUAACCCCCCCAUACAUUAUUGUUGACACUGCUCAGCAAAUUCAGUAUUAAUACAACAAGCUUUUGGCGAUUUAUCGGCAAACCGUUUGGCGAAACAUUUAGAAAAGUCGCAGCAGUUGAUUCCCGGUCGAGCCGCUUGUUUUGAAACCUUUUUCGUGUAUGUGCGACAAAAACUGCGUUCCCAAAAAAGGCGUAAGAAUAAUAAACGCGGUGAAUAGUAUACAGCGUGCUCUUUCAGGCACACUCGAUAAUUUAAACUAAACGGCUCCAGACGCGUAAAUCGACCAAAUCGUGACGACGACACGAGUUGGACUGGUUGAAUUCUAGAAAUCAUAGGUCACACGUUCUUCCUCCGUUUCAAACAUCAGACUUCUUUUUCCUUUUCAGUGUCUGAUUUUAUCAUAAAGAUCAAAAAUUCAUAACUUUAGUCACACAUACAUGUUUCGGUAUUAAAUGACCUCAGCUUCAGCCUUAUUGACUACUCGUUCUAUUUAACUGUAGGAAACAAAGUACAUAUUCCACAUUUAGCAGUAAAAGUUCUCGUUAAAACUCACCAGCUAAGAUUCAGCCAAUGAGCUUGCUCCCCAUGAAACCUGACUCAGAGCCGGUUGCACAAAACACCUUGAGUUAAGAUAUUCCUGUCUGCAGUAACUCUAAAGGCCUUCUUUCCCCUUAUCUUAAAGAAAGUUAAAGUAAAUAAAAAACUGAAGGUUUACUCCAUCGUAACCACAGUUAAGUUUGUUCUGGCCACGAAAAGAAUAAUCAGGAAGGAAACCAACCAGACGAGUUGUGGUAUUUUGAUUUUGGAUCUCUUCACCAGACUUCUUGAAUUAAUUUCCUCCCACGUUUGUGUUUUUCAGUUUGCUGUUAUUUGCAGAUCAAAUUUACUUUUAUUGAGUUCCUCCAGCAGUAUAAUGUUUUUCUCCUCUGAUCAGGUUGGUUCUCUAGUUUUCUUCUUUUCUUUGACAUUUUAUUUUAAUUAUCUAUGAGCCAUAUUUGUGAGUUCAAACGAAGAGUAAAACUGUGGAAUUGCAAUGCUGUAAACUCUUUAAAUGCUGGAAAUGCCUUAACUAAGGCAGACUGUUGAAGUCCUUCAUACUCAAGGAGAAAACUUUGGUGUUUUGUGCAGCCGGGGCCGCAGGACUAUAAAAACUCACUAUGACGACCCUGACGACUGACCAAUGAAAACUCAACAGUGGUUUCACAAAGCACAAAACCAGAACGUCGUUGGACGAAGCACAUCAGCUUCAACUGCUGGACAGAACGAUUUUACUUUUAGCCAAUCAGUGAUUAGCAUUUAGUCCAUCCUUUGUUCUGUCCCCAGAUUUCUGAAUAAACGAGCGGAGGGGAGGUAAAGCUGAGGCCGACAAGACUAAUGAGACUAUGCCGGUGUCGUUAUAUGCAGACGACGCUGCUUUUUACACGAGACAGAUUAAGGUUUUAUCAUCAGUGACCAGAUUGGACAUAGUGGAGGAAUUCACAGCACGACAGAUUCUGCAGCAUGAUGGAUUCUGUGGCGCGACGGAUUUCACAGCGUCACGUGUUCGAUUCUACGGAGUGACGAAUUCGUAGUCGACUCGGCUCUACGAUGAGGAUCCUACAGUGUGACGGCGUCUGUGGAGAGAUGGAAAUGUGAUAUGUUUAGUUUGACAGAUUCGAUGACGGCGUCUACAGGUCGGCGAUGGCUGCAUGGAUUGUACGGUGCAUUGAGUCGUACAACGUGACGGAUUUUACAAGUUUUAAAUGUGAAGCUGAGAUACGGAUGUUAGACUUGGAAACAGGGAAACAGUCCGACCUGGAAACUUUUGAAGGGAUUUGGAAAAGGACCUUGAAAUGAAUCAUGAUGAACUUUUUAAAAGUGUCCAGUUGAACAUUUUGAAGUUGUUCCUCUUCUGUUAGAUCUGGUUUUGAUGUUAAUAAUGGAGCCAUAUAUGAAUUUAUGGGUGUGCCUGCUUCUAUACACAGUGUGUCCAGUGAGUGUGUGUGUGUGUGUGUGUGAGAUGACAGCAGCACUGGUGGUGACGAUGACUGCUGUGCCAGUCAUGAUGAUUAAAGUUAUGAUAAUUCAGAUUAUUAUGAUGGCGGUCAGGACUGAUUGGCAGUAACUGUUGAUGUGAAAAAGCUAAUUGGUAUAAUUAUAAUUAUGAUUAUAAUGAUUCAGUGCAUUUUGAACCUGUGUUGUCUCGUCAGGGAAACGUGGUUCACAACAAAUCUGCCCCAUGUACGAUAAACACUGUAAAUCAUACAAAUAUAUUUAAAGUUUAAAAUGUGGAGUUUAAAGAUGUUGAAGUAGAUGAAAAAAAAAAAAAUGUUGUUAAUGAUGACGAUGACGACGACGGGACCAAAACGUGACGGAAACAGGAAGUUGCAGAGCAAGAGUUUAUUCCUACUUCCUGUUUGCACCGCUGUGGUUUCCUGUGUUUUCUGAUUGGACGAUAUUAAAGUGGUUAACCUGUUAACGUGUAA